CAAGGUCCUGAAAGCUCGGAGGCGGCUUGUUCGCGGUUCUUUCCGAGACUCGGGCCCUCCGUUGUCGGGACUGCGGGGCUAUGGCAAUGAUAGACAAGAUUUCCUCCGGAGUGAGGGCGGGAGUCGGGGGACGGUGCGCAGUGCUUCACGUCCUCUUUCCAAGAGAGCAAAAGCUGCUGCUCUUCCAAUAAGUCAUUACUUUUCCUGGCCACCUGUCGCUUCCCCCCUUAACCCGCUCAGGCACCUCGGAGAGAUUUAAAAAUGUGUGAUGUUGAGAAGGGCAAGAAGAUUUUUGUUCAGAAGUGUGCCCAGUGCCAUACUGUGGAAAAAGGAGGCAAGCACAAGACUGGGCCAAAUCUCCAUGGUCUGUUUGGGCGAAAGACAGGUCAGGCUGUCGGAUUCUCUUACACAGAUGCCAACAAGAACAAAGGCAUCACCUGGGGAGAGGAGACGCUGAUGGAGUAUUUGGAGAAUCCCAAGAAGUACAUCCCUGGAACAAAAAUGAUCUUCGCUGGCAUUAAGAAGAAGGGAGAAAGGGCAGACUUGAUAGCUUAUCUCAAAAAAGCUACUAAUGAGUAAUAGUUGGCCACUGCCUUAUUUAUUAUGAAACAAAUGUCUCAUGACUUGUUAUGUGUACCAUAUUUAAAUUGAUCUCAUACACUAGAAUUCAGAUCAUGAAUAGCUGAUGUAAUAUUUCUGUCCUGAUUUAAAUAAGAUUGGCUUGUGGCUAAAUGAAUAUGGUCAGCUUUUUGAAUUUUGAUAGUAAUUCUGGUUCAGCAAGUACUAUCACUGUUUUCCCCUUCUAAAGAGAUGAUUAAACUUGAAUAAGGAAUGUUAAACUUUUCAGGGAUAUGGUGAAUGCCUUCUCAAACCCUAUAGGAGAUUGGUUUUAUAUUUAGAUUUCUAUAACUGGUUAUAUUAAUAUAUUUAAAUAUUGAGAAGCUCCCUUCACUGUCUCAUAGACCAGCAAGAUUCACCUGUGUUUCAAGUUGUGUUCAUUCACCUGUUAAGGCAAGGGCUGAAGAUACGCUGACAAUGUCCACUUUAUCUUUUUGGUCUUAACUAUGCCAAUUUAAUUAAAAUUCUCCAUCUAAAAUAUUGCGUUUUACUUAAUGAAGGGCAUUUUAGUGUGGUUUAUGUAUAGCAUCAGAUAAAGAAUAUUUAGUACUUCUCACAUUUUAUAGAUGAUCUUUAAGAUCAGAUGCUUUUAAAAUUCACUGUGACAUGAUAGGUUGGGAAACUUGCUUGUGAAUUCUUUACAAAGUCAGACUAAGUUAAAAUUCAGGAUUGUCUUUUAAACAGGUAUUCAGAAACACAACUAGAACUACUGUAGAUGUGUGAUUGGUAAUGGUGCUUUUGCCAACUCAGAAGGGUUAAGGUAGAGGAGCUGUAUCAUUAGCACAGAUUUGUAAAUUAUCUGAUCAUAAGGCUUGAGAAUUGAAAACAAAGUCACAGAUCAUGAUUUUUCUAAUGUGCUUGAUUUACUGACAUACCAAAAUGGUUGAAAAAUAUAAUACCUCAAAAUACGCAGCAUUGUUACUAGUCAUAGUACUAGAUUGUGUUUAUUUGGUCUUCUAGGACAGCCUGCACUAGAACACUUCAGUAAUCCACCCAGUUUCUUUGGCCAGAAUGAGCACUGCAGCAUUUAUGCCAAAGGUAGAAAGAAGAAUGUGUUUCUGGCCAUAGUUUUGUGGUAUGUACAGUACAUGGUUGUACUAUAUGUACUAAAUUAUUUCAUACACAGUUUGUGCUGUACAUGUUUAGAGUAGUCCCUAGAAAUUUUAUGGAAUGGUGAGCUUGAACUAAGCCAUGAAGGGUGCUGAGAGAAAUUCUCGGUGGGGGAAGUAAGUCUGUGCCGGAGGUGAGAGCCAUCUCUUUGUGUAACAGGAAACCAGGAAGAAGCCUUAUCAAAAGUGAUGGGGAUGAGUAGGUAGGCCUGUAAGGCCUGACAAAGCACUUUGUAACUUGUGACUCUUAUUUUCAGUCAUUGGAGAAAUGUGAGAAAGCAGUCAGUCUGGAAACAUGUGCAGAAACAGUUUGGGGAAGCCAAAGGAAGCCUGCUGUAAUUCAGGCGAUAUCCAGAGACAGUGUAGCAGUUAGCUUCUGAGAGAGUUCUGGACCAAUAUGGGAAGACAUGGAGACCAGGGAACUGAUUUAUUUCUGUGUUUCCCAAGUCAACUAAGGCCUAUGCUGGCAGAGGAUUGAUGAGUCCCUGCUGCUUUCUAGGCCAGUUGUACUCAAUAAGUGCCUCUAGUGAUUUAUAAGUUCCUAUAGUUAAUUCAAAAGAAGGGGCAUUCCUAGCUGUAAGGGGUGUGUGCUCUCUUAGAAAUAAAGAAAGCCAAAAAGCUAGCACUGUAUAACCCACGUGUCUUCAUUCCUAGUGUCUCUUCAUAGGUGGCUUGGUGAGUAGUAUCAAAAGUGAGAGCCAGGUGUAUUUAAGAAGUGUUUCUUCCAGGUGCCCCCUAUAUUCUGGAUUUUGUCUAGAAUAGCACUAUCCAGUACAGCUUUCUGUGAUGACAGACUGAAUAUGUGCUGUCCAGUUAGCCACCAACCAGGUGUAGUUAUGGAAUUUGGGUAGUGUGGCUACAGAACUGAAUUUUUGAUUUUAUUCAACUUUAAUCAGUUUAGGUUUGCAUAGCCACAGAUGACGAGAGUGUUAACAGCACAGGUCUAGAACUAGAACCAUGCGUGGUCUAUAACAAAAGUGCUUCCUCUAAACUCUUUGUUUUCCUAAUCUAGGAUUCUUACAAGUACACUAAGUGCCCUUGAACACUGAUUCCAAUUCCUGUCUCUAAAUCUGAUAUGCUCACCUUUAUAAUUUUACCAUACAUUCUACAUAUUCCAUUCAUAAGUUGGCAAUUUAUUUUAGUUAGGUGUUACUCUCAUGGUAUGUAGCGAUACACUUUUUUUAAUAUAUAUAUAUAUUUUUUAAAUUAAUUUAUUUUUGGCUGUGUUGGGUCUUCGUUUCUGUGCGAGGGCUUUCUCUAGUUGCGGCAAGCGGGGGCCACUCUUCAUCACGGUGCGCGGGCCUCUCACUAUCGCGGCCUCUCUUGUUGUGGAGCACAGGCUCCAGAGGCGCAGGCUCAGAAGUUGUGGCUCACGGGCCUAGUUGCUCCGCGGCAUGUGGGAUCUUCAGACCAGGGCUCGAACCCGUGUCCCCUGCAUUGGCAGGUAGAUUCUCAACCACUGCGCCACCAGGGAAGCCAGUGAUACACCUUUUUGUCAUCCUUUUCCUGAAACUUUUCUUCAGUUUCUUUAUAGACAUUAUAUUGUACAUUUUCGCUUUAACCCCUAAAGAUUGUUGUAAAUUGAAAAGGGUGUGAUGAAAUUCACAUGCUGUCUAUGAAGAGGCCUUACCAGUGGUUCACCCUCCCCAGUUGACUAGGCUAAAGCUGUUUCAUAUCAGUCAAGAUCACACAAGAGUAAACCAAAACCAACUUAACUACAACUUAGCUUCAUUUCUAGUGAUGAGGUCUUUUGGCUCUUCAUAUUAGAGUACCUUGAGAUACCAAGUAAGAUUGCUGAGCACAGAAUAAGAGUGGCUAUUAAGGUACAGUUCAUACAGGCAAGGCUGAUGCCUAUAUGAACUAAAGUUGGCUAUUUUAGUCACAUUAGAGGUCUCAGUAUUGGAACUGGAAGAGAUCUUAGAGAUUCUUAGAAUCCAACUGCACUAUUAUACAGAUGAGAGGUGAAAUUAACCUUAUUUAGGCCCAGGGAACUAUGGGAACUACUCAGUUGAGCUGGACCACUAACAGGACCUGGUAGUCCAGCCUAGCAAAUCACAGAGCAGGGGAACUGAGGCAUAUGGCAGAUACCUGGGUUUGGAGAGGGAUAGGGUUAGUUAACACCUAUUAGUAACUCAGUCCUGAAACACCCCUACAGUGAGCUGUGACGCUUUCCUCUUGAGGGGCUGAGGUAUGCUGUGGGCAGGAGGCAAGUAGCCUGGGGUGGGACAUAGCCCAUACCCUUUCCAGAGUGUUGCUCCCUUCCCACAUGUGAGGAGCCCUCCUGCCUGGGAGCUCACUUGAGGGGUUCUGGACCCAAAGUGGCCAUAGUCAGGUGCUCUUGCUCCAGUGACCCGGUUAUAAAGUCCUCAGGGGAGGGGAGCAUGCACUGCCUCCUUUUCCAUCCCUCUGGAUUUGUUACCAUUUUUCUUGCACUCAACACCUGCCAAUGAAGAUUGUCUACACUGUAAAAUAGAUAGCUAAUGGGAAGCAGCUGCAUAGCACAGGGAGACCAGCUCGGUGCUUUGUGACCACCUAGAGAGGUGGGAUAGGGAGGGUGGAAGGGAGAUGCAAGAGGGAAGGGAUAUGGGGAUAUAUGUAUACGUAUAGCUGACUCACUUUGUUAUACAGCAGAAGCUAACACAACAAUGUAAAGCAAUUAUACUCCAAUAAAGAUGUUAAAAAAAUGUAUACUAAGAAAGAUUAAAGAAUUAAAAAAAAAAACCAAAAAACAGAUUGUCCACACUGGAAAAAACUAGCUGAGUGACAUAGCUGAAACCACCACCAAGAUACUUUGACCACAGUUUGGUCAUAGUCAAACCCAGUUUUACCAGACAUAUUAAUGGGCUGCUUCCUUUUUGCUCUUUCUUUAUUCAUUAGAAAUGUGCCUGUGUUCACAUUGGUGCCAUUAAAUAUGUGUCUAUAGCUGGAACAGUGUCCUUUGAAAAACGACCAUUGGACUAGUUAAUUUUAUUUGUGGUGUAACAAAGAAUGCUGGGUUUGGGAUUGGAAAAUAUGUGUUUAGAGUAGGGGUUAGUAAGCAGCCCAUUGUCCCAAAGUU